AUGUCCACCUUCGCCAACGGUGGCCCCGCCGACCGUGACGGGAGGAUGGCUGUCGGGAUGGGUUCAGGGGCUGUAAAGGGCCCGACGACCCCAUCACCAUCACCGGAGAACCUGUAUUUCCCAAAUGGACCGGCAGUGGAAGGUGGGUCCAACAGCAGCCCGAAUGGUGUGCAAUCCAGCGCUGCAACACACGGCUCCUCUUCUUCGGUUGCUUCUCCUAAUAGCACCGUGAGCCUUGUGGCUCCCAAGACGACGGACCAUCUAUCCGCCCCUAAUUCCCAACCGAAUACCUCCCGCUUCUCCUCACCUCUGCCCUUAUCCGCCUCGUCUGCCGCCCACGUGGGCCAGCCGCAGCAACCACCCCCCCCUGGUUCGAGCCUGCGGCAUCGACACACGCUGCAAGUCCCUAAAGCUUACAACGCUCGUAAUCCCCCUCCUGGGGGCGUACCCGAUGCUGUUGCCAGUGGCCGUUUCUCCCCCACCACCACCACCAGUGCCCCCCGUCGUGCUUCCAUCUCCCUGGGCAGAAGGGCUACCAGGUCGGCUAAUUCCGAUAUGCACAUCGACGAGAUACCCCAGGACGAGGACGCCGCGCGGUGGGCCGAGGCCAUCAGGGCAAAGAGGGCGAGCAAGAGGCGGAAGCAGGAGGAGGAGGAGGAGGAUGAUAAGGUUGUGGUUGGGACCAAGGUUGACCACAACCACGUGAAUUGGGUAACGGCGUAUAAUAUGCUCACUGGUAUCCGUUUCGUGGUAUCGAGGGUCAAUGCCAAGAUGGAUAGACCCUUGACGGACGCUGAUUUCGAUGCCAAACACAAGUUCUCGUUUGAUAUAACCGGCAAUGAGCUUACCCCCUCGGCCAAGUAUGAUUUCAAGUUUAAGGAUUACUCGCCCUGGGUCUUUCGACAUUUGCGGACAAAGUUUGGCCUCGAUCCGGCUGAUUAUUUGAUGUCGUUGACGAGCAAGUACAUAUUGUCGGAAUUGGGUUCGCCCGGAAAGAGUGGCAGUUUCUUUUACUUUUCCAGGGAUUACAAGUACAUCAUCAAGACCAUUCACCACGGGGAACAUUUGUUUCUCCGAAAGAUACUGCGGGAUUACUGGAAGCAUGUGGAGGACAACCCUGACACUCUGAUAUCGCAAUUUUAUGGUUUGCAUCGUGUCAAGACGCCCUUUGGCCGCAAGAUCCACUUUGUUGUCAUGAACAACCUUUUCCCGCCCCACCGAGAUAUCCACCAGACGUUUGAUCUCAAGGGUUCCACCAUUGGACGAGAUUUCAAGGAGGAGAACCUGGCGGAUAACCCGAGGGCCACCCUGAAGGAUCUCAAUUGGCUUCGGAGGGACAUGAAUUUGAACUUUGGACCCUACAAGAAGGAGUUGUUCUUGCAGCAGGUGGAGAGGGAUGUCAAACUAUUGCGAAAACUUCACAUCAUGGAUUAUUCUUUGCUGUUAGGCAUCCACGAUCUAACCAGGGGGAAUCGGGAUGACAUUCGGAACAAUGCUCUGAAAGUGUUUCAACCUGGGGGUAGCGAGAGUGAUGAACUGCAUGGGCAUAUGCUUCAGAGGACACCCAGUAAGAUGGAGAAGGCCCGCCAGGCGAGAGAGCUGCGGAAGAUUAUCAACAAGGAGGUACCCGUAUCACUGGAUCGAACAUCGAAUCGUCUGCCGGACGAAUUUUUGGAGCAGAGGAAGACUGUGUUUUAUGGGGACGAUGGCGGAUUCCGGGCUACUCAUGAGAAUGACGAGCCCGGCGAUGUUAUUUAUUAUCUUGGCAUCAUUGAUUGUCUUACCCAUUAUGGGUUUGCGAAAAAGGCGGAGCAUUUCUGGAGAGGGCUAUCGAAUCCCAAGGAUCAGGUUUCGGCGAUUCCGCCUCAAGGUUAUGGAGAUCGGUUUUUCAAGUUUAUAUCCGGAUUGGUCAAAUCACCGGAGGAAGCGGCCAGGGACCGGGAAAUGCGGGAGAAGGCGAAUGCGGAGGCAGUUCCCGCGCGAUCGGAGAGUGAUGCGGUGGACGGAUCGCGCAAUCAGGCGGAAAGGGCGGGUGCGGGUGAGAGGGAUGUGCCCACUAGGAGUCUUGGUACCGUUAGGUCACCCUCGGCUGAGAGGGCGGGAGGGGCGGCUGGAGCGGUGCUGCCGGUUGUCGAGGAGGCUGGUGAGGGGGGCAGCACAGGGGCACGAAGUCGCAGUCGGAAUGGGAGUAUGAGCGAUGGUGGCAGGCAUUCGGGGUAUUUCGACAGCGUAACGGACCGAAGGCCUUCUCGGGAAAUUGCAUCAUCAUCAUCAUCCCCUGCCACGUCGAGGAAGCCACAACGGCAGCUGGAUAAUGGGACUACUUUGCGCCAGCCCCUAAACCUACAGACGGGUUCGAUUGUUCAGAAGCACGAACAGGAUGACUUUGCGAUAAGGGUCGCUAGAGUAUCCUCUUGAGUUCGUAUUCCGAAACAGAGAGGAGCUCUAGCGUUGGAAUGAUU